AUGGCGUUCACUGUUGAUGAUCCUUCGGGUGGUACUGGUCACAUUCCAACGCGACAUCCCAGUAUCCAAACUGCCGGCGAGCUACUGAGAUCCAGAUCCCGUGAAGAGCAUGGUCUAGGUGCACGUGACAGGGAUUUUACGGCUGCAGGGCGGCCAAGACGUCAACAAGCACCCGAAGAGCAAUCAAUGAUGGACCUCAUGGCUCGACAAGUAGCUUUGUUACAAGAGCAAACAUUGUUACUUCGGCAACAAUCGGCAUCGCAAACGAUAGGGGAAGACGAGUACAUCGAUCCAUCGCGCAUUCUUUCUUCAUUGGACCCCACAUUGAGAACUACCAUGUCCAAAUGGAAGUCCGACUUCUGCAAGGAUCUGAACCAUGUCGCAACUCAGCGCGAACUUCAUGACAAAUAUGAGAAGAUACGCGAGAGUGGCGAGAUCAUGAAACAGUUUGCAGAGGAGUCCAAUCGCAAAUGGCAGUGGCCUAAAGCAUACGAAGCCAUUGCCGAGCCCAUCACUCCGUUAGAGGAUGUUCCAAACGGCGACGACGAAGUGUAUGACAUCAACCAAGCAUGGGCAGCAUUGCGUAGGAAACAUGCGCUGGAAUGCCAGGAUUUCAUCAUGCAACAUCAAUCACGUGCUUUGGCAUACUUCGAAAACAAGACCGGCAACAGCAGUGUGCAACAGACUGUAGACGAUCUUUGGAACUCCUGGAAGGACAGUUUCGGUUCUCUCCACUCCGAGGCGUCUUUGCAACGUGCGAGCAAAAACUGCAAGCACUUUGUGAACGUGGUCAUGCGUGAAGAAAUUCCUAAGAUGAAGGGCCGCUUACAUGAAGCCGCCGAGUUACGCAGCAAACGUGAGGCGGCCAUCAUCGAAGCCGAGACGAAGUAUCAGCAGAUGGACCCCCAGCAAUUGAUUGCAUUGCUCCAGUUGGACAAACAGGCAGUGCAGAUCAGAAAAGGAGGCAAUUUAACAAAGCAAGUUACCGUUACCAAAGGAAGCGAGCUAGCAGCCUUAGUGAAGCAGUUCCCCGAUUUGGAGACAUUCUUCGACGUCAAGCACGUGGACGAGAAUCCCUACACCACAUCCUUCACGAAGUGCCCGACGACCGAAAUCGCAAACAUCUCUACGUGGAAGGUCAUUGACAGCGUCACCAAAUUAGAAGAGCGUUUACAUGUAGCGAAAUUCUUCGAGAAUGUCGAGUCCGAGCGUCAUUCCAUGCAGAGGUAUGGACGUCUCCUCAAAAAAGACAUCAUCGACAGUUUCACUGCAUACCCGCACAAGCGCAAUACGAGUUGGUUAGACAACAAGGUCUGGGUGAUGUUCUGA